CUCUUAACAAACACACUCACUCACUCACUCCCUGAUUUAACUCCCUCACACACUCGCACUCACUCUCUCCGCAUUCACUAACCCACAAACACCAAUUUAAUGCUUCUCAUCAACAAACCGUGAAUCUAGCACACAUUAAACCAUUCAUCUUCUCCAUCCAUUUUUAACAAACUCGCACACCGACGCUUCACUUUCCAUAUCUGCAUCUGAUUUUUCAGUAAAAAAUGGAGCUCAGUAAGGUCACACUCGAGAUCUUCUCUAAGUUAGAGCAAAACUGGCUAUCUCACUGCGAGAAUUCUAAAAAAACUCGCCUUCUUAGCAUUGACGGCGGCGGAACCACCGGCAUUGUCUCCGGUGCUUCUCUUAUUCACCUUGAGGAUCAGAUCCGUAUCAAAAUCGGUGAUCCUAACGCUCGCAUUGCCGAUUUUUUUGAUAUUAUUGUCGGUACUGGAAUCGGCGGGCUCCUCGCUGCUAUGCUUGCUGCUGAUGACGGCUCUGGCCGUCCUUUGUUCUCUGCUAAAGAAGCGGUUUCGUUUCUAUCUGAGAAAAACUCAGAGCUGUUUAAACAAACUGGCGGUGGAUUUUUCCUCCGCGGACGGAGGAGAUUCUCCGCUAAGAGUAUGGAGAAGACUCUGAAAGAAGCGUUGAGAAGAGAAGACGGUGAGAUCUUGACGUUAAAAGACACGUGUAAGCCUCUGCUUAUUCCUUGCUUCGACUUAAACAGCUCUGCUCCUUUCGUUUUCUCCCGAGCCGACGCGUCCGAGUCAGCGAGUUUCAACUUCGACCUCUGGAAAGCUUGCCGCGCUACGCUAGCAACUCCUAGUCUUUUCAAACCGUUUAAGUUAACGUCCGUUGACGGCGUAACAUCUUGCUGUGCCAUUGACGGUGGUUUAGUGAUGAAUAACCCCACGGCUGCGGCGGUUACGCAUGUUCUCCAUAAUAAACGGGAUUUUCCGUCUGUUAAUGGAGUUGAGGACCUUUUAGUUCUGUCAUUAGGUAACGGUCCGUUAAGUGAAUCCUUAAGUAAAAAAAGUUUACGCAGUAACGGUGAAUGCCAGACGUCUUGCGUCGUUAAUAUUGCACUCGACGGCGUUUCUGAGACGGUUGACCAGAUGUUAGGGAACGCAUUUUGCUGGAACCGAACAGACUACGUUAGAAUUCAGGCAAACGGAUUGAUGAAUGCUGACGGAGUGUUGAAACAGAGAGGCGUAGAAUCGUUACCGUUUGGCGGGAAGCGGUUAUUAACGGAGAGUAACGGAGAAAGAAUUGAGAGUUUUGUGCAACGUCUUGUUGCUUCAGGAAGGAGUAGCUUGCCUCCUAGUCCCUGCAAGGAUUCCGCCGUUAGUCCUCUAGUUAACGGACGUUAGUGUAGUGUGUAAUUUGUAUUUUUGUUUUUAACCCUUUUGUAACCAACCCUCAGGUUUACUUUUAACUGGGAGUUAAAUGAGUAUUGGUUAAAAUUGAUUA